GGCGGGAGAGCCGGAUUUGGGGGGAGAAUCGGAAAGCCGAGGCUAUCCGCAGGGGGCGGGCGCUCCGGAGCGGCGGGCUCGGCGGGUGCUUUAGCUGCCGUCCGCUCCGCCCGCCGAAGCGCUGAGGAGACUAGCGGGGACCUGCCGCCCUCCUCCUCCAUGAGGCCUGAGUGAGCGCCGCGGCGAGAGCCGGCCCGCGGCGCCUCCCCCCGUGUCCUCUCCCGAGCGCAGCAGCAGCGGCCCCCGGAGGAGGAGGAGGAGCAUGUCGGACGGUUUCGAUCGGGCCCCAGGUGCUGGUCGGGGCCGGAGCCGGGGCCUGGGCCGCGGAGGGGGCGGGCCUGAGGGCGCUGGUUUCCCGAACGGAGCGGGGCCUGCUGAGCGGCCGCGGCACCAGCCGCCGCCGCCGCCGCCUCAACCCAAAGCUCCGGGCUUCCUGCAGCCGCCGCCGCUGCGCCAGCCCAGGACGGCCCCGCCGCCAGGGGCCCAGUGCGAGGUCCCCGCCGGCCCCCAGCGGCCUGCCCGGCCCGGGGCGCUCCCAGAACAAACGAGGCCCCUGAGAGCUCCAUCCAGUUCGCCGGAUAACAUCCCACAGCAGAAUUCGGAGUCAGCAAUGGCUAAACCCCAGGUGGUUGUAGCUCCUGUAUUAAUGUCUAAGCUGUCUGUAAACGCCCCUGAAUUCUACCCGUCAAGUUACUCUUCUAAUUAUACAGAAUCCUAUGAGGAUGGCUGUGAGGAUUAUCCUACUUUACCAGAAUAUGUUCAGGAUUUUUUGAAUCAUCUUACAGAACAGCCUGGCAGUUUUGAAACUGAAAUUGAACAGUUUGCAGAGACCCUGAAUGGCUGGGUUACAACAGAUGAUGCUUUGCAAGAACUUGUGGAACUCAUCUAUCAACAGGCCACAUCUAUCCCCAAUUUCUCUUACAUGGGAGCGCGCCUCUGUAACUACCUGUCCCAUCAUCUGACAAUUAGCCCACAGAGUGGCAACUUCCGCCAAUUGCUACUUCAAAGAUGUCGGACUGAAUAUGAAGUUAAAGAUCAAGCUGCAAAAGGGGAUGAAGUGACUCGAAAACGAUUCCAUGCGUUUGUACUCUUUCUGGGAGAACUUUAUCUUAACCUGGAGAUCAAAGGGACAAAUGGACAGGUUACAAGGGCAGACAUUCUUCAGGUCGGUCUUCGGGAGUUGCUGAAUGCCCUCUUCUCUAAUCCUAUGGAUGACAACUUAAUUUGUGCAGUAAAAUUACUGAAGUUGACAGGGUCAGUUUUAGAAGAUGCCUGGAAGGAAAAAGGAAAGACUGACAUGGAAGAAAUUAUUCAGAGAAUUGAAAAUGUUGUCCUAGAUGCAAAUUGCAGCAGAGAUGUAAAACAGAUGCUUUUGAAGCUUGUAGAACUCCGGUCAAGUAACUGGGGUAGAGUCCAUGCAGCUUCAACAUACAGGGAAGCAACACCUGAAAAUGAUCCUAAUUAUUUUAUGAAUGAGCCAACAUUUUAUACAUCUGAUGGUGUUCCUUUCACUGCAGCUGAUCCAGAUUACCAAGAGAAAUAUCAAGAGUUACUUGAAAGAGAAGACUUUUUUCCAGAUUAUGAAGAAAAUGGAACAGAUUUAUCAGGGGGUGGUGAUCCGUACUUGGAUGAUAUUGAUGAUGAGAUGGACCCAGAGAUAGAAGAAGCUUAUGAAAAGUUUUGUUUGGAAUCAGAGCGUAAGCGAAAACAGUAAAGUUAAAUUUCAGCGUAUCAGUUUUAUAAAGCAGUUUAGGUUAUGGUGAUUUAGCAGAACACAGGAAAGCAAGAAAAUGUGUCACACUUAUACCAAAUUAAGGAUGUUGAGUUAUGUUACUAAUGUAUGCAACUUUAAUUUUGUUUAACACUCUCUGCCAAAAUAAACUUUAUUCCCUAUAACUUAAAA